AUGACCGUGAUCGAUUUGAUCACGCGAGUCGAUUCAAUCUGCAAAAAAUUUGACAAAUACGAUGUCGAUAAGCAGAAAAACCUUAACGGUGCAGGCGACGAUGCUUUUGCUCGCUUAUACGCCGUCGUUGAAGCCGACCUCGAUGCUGUUCUCCUGAAAUCAGAGGCAGUGACAACAGAGAAAAGCAGGGCCACGGCUGUUGCUAUGAAUGCCGAGAUUCGAAGAACAAAGGCUCGAUUACUUGAAGAAGUCUCUAAAUUACAGAGACUUGCUUUUAAAAAGGCGAAAGGGCUAUCGAAAGAAGAGCACGAGGCGAGAAGUGAUUUGGUUGCUGCAUUGAAAGAUAGAAUUGAAGCUGUAGCAGAUGGAAAUACCAGUGUAGCUAAACAAGGCGGAGAUUCGGCGCCUUCAGCAUCGUAUGGAGGAAUUAAAUUUGAUUCAACUUAUGAUGGGAAAUUUGAUGAUGAGUAUUUUCAACAAACUGAAGCGUCGGAUCGGUUUAGGCAGGAAUAUGAAAUGCGGAGACUGAAACAGGAUCAAGGGUUAGACGUUAUUGCAGAAGGGUUGGACACGCUGAAAGACAUGGCCCGUGACAUGAAUGAGGAGUUGGACAGACAAGUGCCAUUGAUGGAUGAAAUCGAUGACAAGGUUGACCGAGCAACCUCUGACCUUAAAACUACCAAUGUGAGACUUAAGGAUACUUUAAACAAGCUGAGGUCCAGUCGCAACUUUUGCAUUGAUAUCAUCCUCUUGGUUAUACUCUUAAGUAUUGCUGCCUAUCUCUACAAUGUGUUGAAGUGA